AUGAUAAUUUUGGUAGAAGCAUUAAGUGUAGGGAAGGCAAAUCUGUAUCCAGAGUCCAAUCAGCAUAUUACCAAUGUAAUGGGCCAGUGUGAUGUCUUGUGGAAUGGCAUGGUGAUCAAGGUCCCUGUAGACAAAGUUAUGACAUUGAACUGGAGAGCUAAUAUACCUCUGAUAUACAUCUGUUUCUGCACAGGCCAAAAAGGAAGUAGCUCUUCCAGUGCUGGCCCCAGGUCUUGCCAGAGCGCUAUUCUUCACUCAAGGCCAGCAGGAUCAAAUUUAAAUCGCUGUGGAUUCCGAGGCUCUUCAUAUCUGGGUAUUCCAUUCAAUCCAUCAAAGAAUCCUGGAACAGCGCAUCCUUAUGAUAGUGGCCACAUAGCAAUGAUCUACACUGGCCUUUCAGGCUUAGUUAUUCUUGGAGACGACUUAAGCCGAGUAAUUAAAGAAGCUUGCUUAGCAGGCGUGAGAGCCCUUCAGCUAGAAGAUGGAAGUUUUUGUGCUGUACCUGAAGGAAGUGAAAAUGACAUGAGAUUUGUUUACUGUGCUUCCUGUAUUUGCUAUAUGCUCAACAAUUGGUCAGGCAUGGAUAUGAAAAAAGCCAUUGACUAUAUUAGAAGAAGUAUGUCUUAUGACAAUGGACUGGCACAGGGAGCUGGACCUGAAUCUCAUGGAGGAUCAACUUUUUGUGGCAUUGUGUCACUGUGUCUGAUGGGUAAACUAGAAGAAGUGUUUUCAGAAAAGGAAUUGAACAGGAUAAAGAGAUGGUGUAUAAUGAGAGAACAAAAUGGUUAUCAUGGAAGACCUAAUAAGCCUGUAGACACCUGCUAUUCUUUUUGGGUGAGAGCAACUCUAAAGCUUCUGAAAAUUUUCCAGUACACUAACUUUGAGAAAAAUAGAAAUUACAUCUUAUCAACUCAAGAUCGUCUAGUAGGGGGAUUUGCCAAGUGGCCAGAUAGUCAUCCAGAUGCUCUACAUGCGUACUUUGGGAUUUGUGGUCUGUUACUAAUGGAGGAAAGUGGAAUUUGUAAAGUACACCCUGCUCUGAAUGUAAGCACACGGACUUCUGAACACCUUUGAGAUCUCCACCAGAGCUGGAAAAUCAAGGACUCUACACAGUGUUCAGAGAAUGUGCCCAUCUCCACUUUAUUGACUUUAAACUGGGACAAUGGAGGGAAUUUGUAG